AUUUGAACCGACUGGUCUUACAACAACGGGCAAUACUGCAGUUGCGCUGCUCUUGCUUCCACAAGAAUGGGGAGCAACUUCCGAGCGACUUACUACAAGACGCUCGGAAUGAGUGGCGUCGAGGUCAAGCAAGCGUUCGACGCCAUGCUCAAGGAGGAGCCCAUUGAUAUACGUGCGUUGGUCAAGUUCUUAUUGCGACACGAUGUGCCAGUGGCCAUGCAAGUGAUUGUCUGGAAGGUUGUACUUGGAGUCCUGCCUGCCCAUCGACAUGCAUGGGAACGAGUCGAACGACAACGGAAAGAGCACUUCGACGAGCUACAACGCACCACAUUUGUCUUGUUAGGCCGUGUUGGACCAGAGCAAGAAUUCACAACAGAAAUAAUUGCCAGCAUGUGCGCCCUCAAUCAGUCGUAUUUCGGGCAUCGUUUGGAAAUGUCGUUCGAACAUCGAUCCGAUCCACAAGAGCUCGAACACACGUGCCAUGUGGCGCGCAUGUUUUGUGCGCUCUGCCCUGAGGAGUGCGACGCCUUUUGGCUCUGCUCGCAAUUCCUGCUGCACCAAAGAGCCAAUCCAGCCACAUCAGAAGAGGUCGUGAAGGCCGUGCGUGCCAUGCCCUUUCCAAAAUUUUCACUGCUAUACUAUUUCGUUAAUUAGAUAGUUUUGUAAUAACAACAACACUCAAAAGAAAAAGCAAACCAAACCGA